AUGUCGACCUACGAAAGCGAACACAACACGACCGACCCCUCAACAGCCCAAACCCCGCGCCGCCGCCGCCCCGACCUCUCCACCUUCUUCUCAGCCCUGUCCGAGAUCACCCCAGCUCCCGACCACAGACCCCAUGCAGUCCCCGUUCCGGGCGAUGUGAGCGCCGCAUUCUACUCCCUCGCCGAGGCGCUGGAGAUGAUGCGGCGCGACGCCGAUUCCGCACCCACAGACGCGCAAGAGGGCACCGAGACCGCCCCCUCAGAUACCGGCCGCGACCUGCUGAGCACGAUGAUCCAGUCGCUGCUCGCACAGGCUGAUACACCGCCACGGGAGGUGGAGGGUGUUAGUGAGGAGUUUUGCGAUAUGCUCGAACGCGUCCCAAAAGCAUCCCUCAACCCUUCUGACACCUGUCCGAUCUGCAACAACCCCUUCGUGGAAGAUCCGUACCCGCUCGUUGUCCAGCUACCCUGCCACCCGACACACCGCUUCGAUCUCGAGUGUGUGCGGCCGUGGCUGCGGCUGCGCGGGACGUGUCCGCUUGACCGGGUGGACUUUGCGAAGCAGCUGAGGGAGAAGGCGGAGGCGAAGAAGAAGCUUGUUGAGGAAGAUGAGGAGGAGGAGUGGGAUGGUAUGUAUGGUUGA